AUGGGGAUGGAGACCUUCACCGACAAGCUGCAGAGGGAGGAGCCACCAAGCCAAGAAGUCGAAGCUGGGAACAACGCCACUGCUCCACAAUCCACUCCCAACGUCUCCACCACCGGCACCACCGCUCCAUCGACUUCCGAGAUUUGCAUCAUCGACGUCUUCACCACCGGCGCCGGUGCCGCUCCAUCGACUUCCGAGAUUUGCAUGGCUGAAGACGACAUGGUCAACGUCUCCACUGCCGGCACCACCGCUCCAUCGACUUCAGAGAUUUGCAUCAUCGACUACGUCUUCACCACCGACGCUGGCGCUACUCCAUCGACUUCCUGUGAUUUGCACGGCUCAAGACGACAUGGUUUGACUCCUGGUCCUGGCUAA